AUGGAAUGAUCCUACAGACGAUCCCGUUCAGCUCCGAGAGGGUCGCUGAUGGUCCCGCCUCUCCGCUCGGCGGCGCCCAGGAACAGGAUCGUGCUGAACGUGGGAGGGUGCCGGCACGAGACUUACCUCAGCACGCUUAGGAACAUUCCGGACACCCGGCUGGCCUGGCUGGCCGAGGCGCCACAUAACGCGGACUUCGACCGGGUGACGGGAGAACACUUCUUCGAUAGACAUCCUGGUCUCUUCUCACAGAUCCUGAACUACUACCGCACGGGGAAGCUGCACUACCCGUCCGAGGUGUGCGGGCCGCUGUUCGAGGAGGAGCUGGCGUUCUGGGGCAUCGACGAGCGGCAGAUCGAGCCGUGCUGCUGGAUGAGCUACCAGCAACACCGGGACGCCCAGGAGACCAUCACCGCCUUCGAGGGGUCAGACCACGAGGACGACGAGACGGGCCUGAGCGCGGAGAUAGCGCGGAGGUUUGGAAUCGAAGAAUGUCUCGAUAGUGACCAGAAAUCGUUCUGGCAAAGAUGGCAGCCGAAGGUGUGGAAGUUUCUGGAGGAGCCGUACUCGUCCAAGUAUGCACGGGCGCUUGCCUUCACGUCUCUCGCCUUCGUGAUGAUGGCCAUCAGCAUCUUCUGUCUGGAGACGCACUCGUACUUUCUCACGGAGGUGAACCACACGGUCCAGACGGUGAGCGACGGUAACACCACCGCCCGUAACAACAACAUCGUCCUGGUCAUGGCCAGGCCGCUGGUCUACCUGGAGAUGCUCUGCUGCGCCUGGUUCACUCUGGAGUUCUUCUCUCGCUUAGCGUUCUGCCCGGACAAACUCGCCUUCAUCAAGUCUCUCUUAAACAUCGUGGACUUCCUCAGCUUCUUUCCGUUCUUCGUGGAACUGUCGCUGUCCUUCAUGGCGACUCACGCGGCAGAGGAGAGCAUACGGUUUCUGGGGAUGGUCCGGUUAGCCCGCAUUUUCCGGAUCUUCAAGCUGACGCGCCACUUCACGGGGUUGAAGAUCCUGGCCUACACCCUGCGUGCCAGCGCGAGAGAGCUGCUCCUGCUGAUGGUGUUUCUGGGCAUCGGGGUGCUGGUGUACGGCAGUCUCAUCUACUACGCCGAGCAAACCGCGAAACACGACCACAACAAGUUCACGUCGAUCCCGCAGUCGUUCUGGUGGGCCGUGGUGACCAUGACGACUCUCGGGUACGGAGACAUGGUACCCCGUACGUUCGCCGGGAUGAUCGUCGGGACGCUGUGCGCCGUCACCGGGGUGCUGGUGGUGGCCCUGCCGGUCCCCGUCAUCGUCAGUAACUUUAACCUGUACUACUCGCACGCCCAGGCCAUGCUCAAGCUGCCCAAGAAGCGGCACAGAGCGCUGUGUGGCGCCGCGGAGGCGUUGAACCAGUCGUCAGGCACAGGGAACUCCAACUGCUCCACACGGUCGAGACGGAAUGACAGCGACAAAAACACCGUCAGCACCAUUCAGACGAAAGUCACGUGCAUUAACGAGGUGCUGAAUGGCGAUCCCGUCAUCCUUCGCAGCAGCUCUCUGAUUGGACGAAAUGGAGCCGCGAACCGUAAGCGGAGCAUGCGCAGAUCGGGAAUCGCGCCGGUCCCAAAGAUUGACGGUUUGAUCAACGGCCUGGAAAUGUCAGGCGAAGAUGACGCCCAACCUGCCAGUCCUCCGACGUCUCCCACUUCCCCCAAUGUGCCGUACAACAGCGCCCUCUCUGCGUCCUGCUGGGGAGACAAGACCGAUCCCCUUAAUUACAGGCCUAUAUCCCUGUUACCAACGGUUGCCAAGGUGAUGGAAAGGCUUGUUCACAACCACCUGUACAGUUAUCUGGAGGAAAACAACCUCUUACACAACAACCAAUCAGGUUUCAGAAAGGGUGAUGGAACAGUCCUCCAACUAAUCAGAAUGGUAAACGACUGGGCCAGGUCGAUAGACGACCCUGACAUCUCCUGCACAGCAGUCGUCUUUCUCGAUACUCUCACAUGGACAGAACACGUACAAGUGACAACAAGCAAAAGUAGGAAAGUACUAGGUGUCCUGCGCAAGGUUAUGGGCAAACUGGGUAGGCAAGCGCUGGAGACAGCAUACUUUGCCCUAGUACGACCAAGACUGGAGUACGCUGCAGCGCUCCUGGGAGACCUUAACAACACAGCAAGCAAGACGCUGGAACAGGUUCAAUACCAUGCCUGUUGUCUCGUCACAGGGGCGAUGAAGGCAGACUUACUGCAGCUGUUGAACGACUUGUCCAACAACGUCCCACCGUUUCCCUCCUACUUCAAGGUUCACCAGACCAUGACCCUACUAUCAAUAAGCAACUUUCAGAUGCACUUCACACGUUUAUAA